UGACAAGAAAAUCAUGCGACCAGCCGUAAACAAACGACUGGCAGCAGGGAAACUUAUUCUUAAAAGGAGGUUUUAGUAAAGUUAAGCACAAUUGCUUGAAGAUUGUAUAGUAUCAUAGGAUCUAUUUCACUUCUCUGGUAACGGUGACUGAGGGCUAAACCUGGUUAUUGUAUGAAACAUUUACACUGGAUUCAACUUCUUUCUUCACUUUUUGCAUGAAAUCAUAACUACAUCCCCAUCUUAAGCAGCAGUCUUCAGGUGCAGAGUUCAAGCAAGAAAAUUUGCUUAGCAAUGGCGUCCAGCAUGGACAGAGAGAUAAUCCUGGCUGAUUUUCAGGCAUGUACUGGUAUAGAAAACAUUGAUGAAGCUAUUACUUUGCUUGAGCAGAAUAACUGGGAUUUAGUGGCAGCAAUAAAUGGUGUUAUACCGCAGGAAAAUGGCAUCCUGCGAAGUGAAUUUGGUGGUGAAGCAUCACCGGAUGCUGCAUUCACAGCAGCUGGCCAUCAUACUACUACUACUUCCUCCAUAUCAGCCUCCUGUUCCUCUCAGUCAGCCUUCCAUCCUGUGUUGUCUUCAAGAAGCAUCACAGAAAGAUUGCCUCGGAUGUUAGACUUCAGGGUCGAAUACAGGGACCGCAUUAUAGAUGUGGUACUUGAAGACAGCUGUACAGUUGGAGACAUUAAGCAGAUUCUGGAAAGUGAACUUAAGAUACCAACAUCUAAAAUGCAGUUAAAAGGAUGGAAAGUUGGCGAUGUAACAGACAGUACAGUUCUUAGAACUCUGCACUUGCCAAAAAAUAGCUGUCUUUAUGUACUUACUCCUGACUUAGCUGUCCCUCCAGUGCCAUGUCAGAACAGUGCCCUUCAGGAAUCAUUAGAUCCUAACUUCAUGCUGAUCAUAACCCACCGAGAGGCCCAGCGGGACUACACUCUCAACUUCCCAGGAAGUAAAACCAUUCAAGAGGUGAAACGAAACGUUUAUGAUUUGACAAGCAUUCCUGUCCGGCAUCAGGUGUGGGAAGGCUGGCCACAGUCUGUCAGAGAUGAUUCGAUGACACUUGCCAGUGCUGGACUUGACAUGCCUUGCCAUCAUGUAGCAGUCAGUAGACGAUCUUCCCCAACAGAAACCAGGGAACAUUCAGAAGAGUGCACAGAUGUCCACAUGGUUAGUGACAGUGAAGGCGAUGACUUUGAAGACGCAUCAGAAUUUGGGGUAGAUGAUGGGGAGCUCUUUGGAAUGUCAUCAUCGUGUCUAAGGAAAUCAUCAAUGAUGCCUGAAAAUGCAGAGAAUGAGGGAGAUGCAUUACUACAGUUCACAGCAGAAUUUUCAUCCAGAUAUGGAGAAUGUCAUCCUGUUUUCCUUAUUGGGUCACUUGAGGCAACAUUACAAGAGGCAUUUUUUGGGAAAGCCAGAGAUAGGAAACUUCUUGCUAUUUACCUCCAUCAUGAUGACAGUGUACUUACCAACGUUUUCUGCUCUCAGAUGCUUUGUGCAGAAUCAAUCAUUUCUUACCUCAGUCAGAAUUUCAUAACCUGGGCUUGGGAUAUGACAAAAGAGGCUAACAGAGCAAGAUUCCUUACAAUGUGCACAAGGCACUUUGGAAGUGUAGUGGCUCAGACCGUCCGGACUCAAGAAACAGAUCAAUAUCCUCUGUUGCUUAUUAUUAUGGGAAAGAGAUCAUCAAAUGAAGUUUUGAAUGUCAUUCAAGGUAACACAACAGUGGAUGAGCUUAUGAUGAGACUGAUGGCAGCAGUGGAUAUUUUCACAGCACAGCAGCAAGAAGAUAUCAAGGACGAGGAUGAAAGAGAAGCAAGAGAAUCAGUGAAGAGGGAACAGGAUGAAGCUUACCGCCUUUCACUAGAAGCAGACAGAGCAAAGGAACUUAAAGGAUUGUCUAAAUAUAACCAGACAUCAUCUACAAAUGAAGCAUUUUUGAGAGAGGCACACGAACGAGAAAUGGCAGAGCAGUUUCGUUUAGAACAGCGUAAAAAAGAGGAGGAAGAAGAGCAAGAGGCCAUCAGGUUGUCCCUAGAGCAGGCACUGCCACCAGAGCCAAGUGAGGAAGGACCUGAACCAGUGAGUAAGUUACGAAUCCGUACACCAAGUGGAGAAUUUUUUGAAAGACGCUUUCUCGGUAGCACCAGACUGCAGGUAGUCUUUGAUUUUGUGGCAUCUAAAGGAUUUCCUUGUGAGCAGUUCAAGCUUCUGAGUACCUUUCCCAGAAGAGAUGUGGCUCAGUUAAACCCAAAUACAACAAUAAUGGAUGCAAAGUUGUAUCCUCAGGAAACCCUGUUCCUGGAAGCAAAAGAAUAAAAAUCAUAGUUAUUCUGGGAUCAAGAUCACCCAGGCAAAUCAAAGCAUCAGGGAAAAAUGUGUAUCUAAAGAUACAGCAGUGUUUUUGUCUGAACUGAUUCAUGUCAUAACUCUGCCUUCAUUAAGAAUCUGACAGCUCAUCAUUUCAUAUCUAAAAUUUUCAGUGUGAUUGUACAGCAUCAGUCUCAUGUUAGUGAAUCUGAAGACGAUGCUCAGCUGUGAACACCAACCAUCUUUGCUCAGUUGCUCACUUUUCAUUGCUUUUGCUUUUAAAUUAAUUAAUGUACUGUUGAAAUGUGAGUGAUUAUUUAAUAGGACCUUUAUUUCCCACAUACUAUCCUUUCCAGAGAAAAAGGUGGUAUGCUAUUACUCUGGAUUUGUUUUGAGAUACAUUUAUUUAUUUAAAUGUUGAAUAUUUGAUACAAAUCCGUAAGACUGCACUCAAAUAAGGACGUUCAUUCCCUUUUAGGAUUCCUGUUUUUUCCAUAUUAAUAAUGACAGAAAAAGAAGAAAAAGUAAAAUUUAAGAUUGGACCUUGUUAAGAAAUGAAAAUUUAACAGUAUUAUUUGGAAACAUAUCUGAUUCUGUCAGUACUUUAUUAUUUCUCUGUUUUAGCUGUUUUUUUUUUUUUGAAGAAUAUAAUUUACCUUUUAUGCUGAAUAUUUAUUUUCUGGUUCUGCUGUGGGGUUCAUUUAUGUUUCAGGUUUGGAAUACAUUUCUAAUAAUUACGUUGCAAUUUGUUUGAGUUCUCAUUGCAUGCUGUUGACUAUUUAGGUAGCAUAAACAGUAUGGAUGCCUGAUACCUUGCUCAUACCUUUUUUUUAACUAGAAAAAAUAGUGUGUACUGUCAUAUACUAAAAGAAAAAUCUUUUUCCCCCAA